AUCUUUAGUUAUUGAUUAAUCGAUUGUCUCUGUUUCUGUUAUUCUCCUUCCAACGCACUCGCGCUUUCUCGAAGCAGAGCAUUCUGUUUUUCCUCUCACAGAUGCGACGAUGAAUCUGAGAUUAAAGAAAAAGCGCUGAAAUUUUUUCUGGGUUCGAUCCAUUUUCAUGUGGGUUCCUCUUAAAUCGAGGAAAAAUGGGAUUUUUCUUCGGUUUGGUAAUCGGAAUCGCCGUCGCCGUCGGUUUGGUCAUCGCCUUCGCGCGGUAUUCUAAUGUCCGAUCGAAAAGUCGAGCUGAAUUGGCGAGAACCAUUGCAGCUUUUGCAAGGAUGACGGUUCAAGAUUCCAGGAAAAUCCUUCCCGGUGAAAGUUAUCCUUCCUGGGUUGUGUUCUCGCAGAGACAGAAGUUAAAUUGGUUUAAUCUCCAACUCGAAAAGAUCUGGCCUUAUGUAAAUGAGGCAGCUUCUGAGCUGAUCAGGAGCAGUGUGGAACCAAUUCUUGAACAAUAUAGACCAGCUGUAUUAGCAUCUCUCAAGUUUUCAAAACUGACCCUUGGGACUGUGGCUCCUCAGUUCACAGGAGUUUCGGUUUUAGAAAGCGAAAGCGGAAGUGACGGGAUUACGAUGGAACUGGAAAUGCAAUGGGAUGGCAACCCGAAAAUCGUUUUGGAUAUCAAGACCUUGGUUGGUGUGGCUCUACCGAUCGAGGUGAAAAAUAUCGGAUUCACGGGGGUUUUCAGGCUGAUCUUCAAACCUCUAGUCGACGUAUUCCCCUGCUUCGGCGCAGUUUCUUAUUCCCUGAGAGAGAAGAAAGAGCUUGAUUUCACCCUAAAAGUUAUCGGCGGCGACAUAUCAGCGCUUCCGGGGAUAUCAGACGCGAUUGAGGAAACUAUUCGAGAUGCUAUUGAGGACAGCAUAACGUGGCCUGUUAGGAAAAUCGUACCGAUUCUGGCGGGAGAUUACAGUGACUUGGAGUUAAAACCUGUUGGGACAUUGGAGGUGAAGCUUGUGCAGGCCAAGGACUUGACUAACAAAGACCUCAUCGGAAAAUCUGAUCCCUACGCCAUGUUAUUCAUUCGCCCAUUGCGUGAGAAAACGAAAAAGAGCAAAACAAUCAAUAACUCGUUGAAUCCAAUUUGGAAUGAACACUAUGAGUUCAUAGUGGAAGACGUCUCGACUCAGCAUUUGACUGUUAGAAUCUUUGACGACGAGGGGAUUCAGGCCUCACAGCUUAUCGGGGCUGCUCAAGUGCCGCUUAAAGAUCUCGAGCCGGGUAAAGUUAAGGAUGUCUGGUUGAAACUAGUCAAGGAUUUGGAGGUCCAAAGGGAUACAAAAGACCGAGGCCAGGUGCAUUUGGAGCUUCUCUACUGUCCCUUUGGCACAGAGAGCAGCUUCAAGAGUCCGUAUAAUCAUGAUUUCGCAUUGACAACACUAGAGAAGGUACUUAAGCCCGAAAGCGAUGAUUCGGAAGGUGUGAAUCUUAAGAAGUCGCCGAAGAAAAGAGAGGUAAUCGUGAGAGGAGUGUUGUCCGUGACGGUAGUGGCUGCUGAAGGUUUGCCGGCCGUAGAUUUCAUGGGAAAAGCCGACCCGUUUGUAGUUAUCACCAUGAAGAAAUCAGACGUUAAAGCCAAGACGAGGGUCGUACCAGACAGCCUGAAUCCAGUUUGGAACCAGACGUUUGAUUUCGUAGUGGAAGAUGCUCUGCAUGAACUUCUGAUCCUCGAGGUCUGGGACCAUGAUAAAUUCGGCAAGGAUAAAAUCGGGAAAGUGAUAAUGACACUGACGAGAGUGAUGCUGGAAGGAGAGGUUCAAGACUGUUUCACCAUAGACGGAGCCAAAUCAGGGAAGCUUUGUCUUCAUCUCAGUUGGACUCCUCAGCUUAAGCUCCGUGACGCUUCUUGAUGCUUUCGCACGACCAAACACAGAGAAACUCUAACAGACACAUGCUUCUGUUUUUUUUUUUCUUUCUAUAUGUUUAAGAUUUUGAUUUUGUUUUAAUGGGUUUGGACGGAAUUUGGGGUCAUUUCUACACAUUUAUAAGUUUGAGAAAUAUCUGUAAUUUGGAUAUCCCACUCUGGAUAUUCCUAAUUUGUUUCCUAAACCCUAAUAAAAUUAAGGGAAAUUAGA